AUGCAAUCGACCAUUGCGCCUCGAAAGUUCUUAGGUUUACAGUUGUCACGCAGUAACAAUGGAGUCCUUUUUCGAAAGGCGUUGAGUACUACUACACCACAUAAACCUUCAACAGCAGAGUUUCCCCAUGGAGCUCUAUCAUACCACUGGGAUACGACAGAACCAACUGCAAGUCAGCUAGUACAUGCCUCUAAGUUCUUUAACCUACAACCCCCAAAAUUCCUCUGGUCGGCUGAGAAGUUCAAGACCAUGGAUUUUGGGGGUAGUCCGGAAAUUUGUUUCCUGGGACGAUCCAAUGUCGGAAAAUCCUCCCUAUUGAACACGCUUCUGAGCAAGAGGAUCGCGCAUACGAGUUCGAAACCCGGUAGAACAAGACUCAUGAACGCAUUCGCUGUGGGUGGGAGAGAAGACAACGCAUCGAAUAGAUUAGUGGUACUAGACAUGCCAGGAUACGGGAAAGGAGGAAGAGCAGAAUGGGGAAAAGAGGUGCUCAAAUAUUUAGGGAAGAGGAGGCAGCUAAAGAGGGCUUUCUUGUUGGUCGACUCUGAACACGGAAUCAAAAACAGCGACAAGCAACUCCUGGCCUUAUUUCAAGAACAUUCUGUGCCUUAUCAGAUUGUUCUGUCCAAGGCGGACAGAAUCAUCUUUCCGGAUAAUCGCAAACCAAGUCCAGAGGUUCUGGCUCUCAGACUUGCUGCGCUAAGGAAGACAAUGGAAACUAUCAAAGACGAGGUCGAACCCGAUCCAGAAGGAGAUCUUCUUGCUACUGGCGAGGUUAUUGCUUGCAGCUCUGAGAAGUGGGUUGGAGCGAAGAGAAUGGGAAUCGAUGCUGUACGAUUUGCGAUGUUGCGAGCAGCUGGACUGGAACUCAAACCAAAAAUUACCCUCGCGAAGCCUACGGAAAUUGUCUCGUUCGAUGAGCUUGAGAUGUCAUGA